AUGGCAACUCCCGCUGCCAGUUCUGACGAGGGGGAAAUUGUGGAGAACGGUGUUGGAGACUUGAAGGCAACUUCACUGGCUCAGUUUGAAGGAACCGAUGUUGACCGUGCCGACAGAACUCGAGCUAGAUAUUCAAGAUCGAGAUCACCCGAGUAUUCAAACGGCUCGAGAUAUCCUCCUAGCAUAUCCCGACGAAGUCGCUCUCCUCGCGGGCACAAGCGCCCCCGCGAUGAUCAUGAUCGCGAUCGCGACUCGCAUCGUGGCGGCCGCGUAGAUGCGGAUCCGAGACGAUUUCGCGUCCAUUACGAAGACGCUGCCGACAAUCACCGCCGCUCGCGCUUCUACGAAGACGAAGACCGCCCCCCUUCGCGUUCAUCAACUUCCGGCCUCCAUUACGACGAUAGGGAUAGAGAUUAUGUAUCUCGUAGUAAGGGAAGAGAUCGAAGCCGAGAGUAUGACCGACACACCAAGAAGCGUCCUAAAAACCGUUCUCGUUCGCCAUUCCGGCCAUUACGAGGCGAUAGGAAUCGGGGUGGCCAAUUUCGUCGUGAUGAUAGCAAAUAUCAGCGCGCUUCUGAUAGGGAUGGCGUAGAAAGCGUUAAGUCGAGCAGGCAAGGCACUCCUCGGUAUUCUCAAGACAAUGCAAAGUAUUCGGAGCGACAAGCUCCUGCAUUUACUACAGGUACUGGCAAAGACAAGACUAAACGUGCACCAGGUAGUUCAGAAGAAACUACUCCUACUAAUCCACCGACUCGAUCUCAUGAGCCCGAGAAGGACUAUGAAGAGGAGAAACCCGUUGACAUAGAUGCGGAAUUAGAACGCAGACGACGUCGUCGCGAAGAACUUCUUGCUAAAUCGUCGCGUGGUGCCACGCCAAUGUUAGUACAGGCUCUCCAAGCUUCGGAGAAGACGAAUGGUUCAUCAACAGGGGGUAGCCAAACACGAGCAAGCACUCCUAUGGCUGUCGAUGGAAAUACUCCUGGAUCCAUUGUUUCGUCGCCAAACUCUCCAGCCCGUGGUCUUCAAGAAGGGAUGUCACCUGCUGCAAUCGAAAUAUCCAGCGACCAGGAACUUAUCAACACACAUGGCGAAUUUAAAGGUACUGAUGAAGAUGGACCUUCUGCGGCGGACUACGAUCCUACGGUAGAUAUGAGAGAGGAUGAGUUACGAGACGAGCUCCGCCAUACCCAUAUUGGCCCUCACGGAGAGACGCUUCCUUCUGACCAGAAAGCUGAGGUAGCCCUGGUAGAUGAGCCGCAAAGACCGGAGAAGCCAAAAACAGACGAGGAUGACGAUUUCGACAUGUUUGCUGAAGAGUUUGAUGAAGAGAAAUUUGCUGCGCCGAGACCUACUCACUUAGAUCCCGCUGUAGACAAUGGCGACGUUCCUGUUGCCAUUGUUCAGGCUAAUGCUGGUGGUAUUCUCGAAGGUGACGACAAGGAAGGAUAUUAUAAAAUUCGAAUCGGCGAGAUCAUGGACGGUCGAUACCAGGUUCAAGCAACCCUAGGUAAAGGCAUGUUUUCAGGUGUUGCCCGGGCUGUAGACAUCACAACCAAGAAAUUGGUUGCCAUCAAGAUGAUGCGAAACAACGACGCUCUCAGGAAGGGAGGCUUUACCGAGAUCGCGAUUUUGCAGAAGUUAAACGAGGCCGACCCUGAGAAUCGUAAGCACAUUGUGAAAUUUGAGCGUUACUUUGAACACAAGGGCCACCUUUGCCUAGCAUUCGAGAAUCUCAGCUUGAACCUGAGAGAGGUUUUGAGGAAGUUUGGCAACAAUAUCGGUAUCAAUCUCAGUGCAACGCGCGCAUAUGCACAUCAGAUAUUCGUGUCUUUGGCUCAUCUUCGGAAGUGCAGUAUCAUUCAUGCUGACUUGAAGCCGGACAACAUCUUGGUUAAUGAAAAUCGCAACAUCCUUAAGAUUUGUGAUUUGGGUACGGCUAUUGAUAGAUCUGAUGCUGCAACUGCGAAUAACGAGAUCACACCGUACCUGAUUAGUCGAUUUUACCGAGCGCCAGAGAUUAUCCUCGGGAUGCCUUACGAUUACGCCGUCGAUAUGUGGUCCAUAGGCUGCACGUUGUAUGAGCUUUACACCGGCAAGAUUCUAUUUACGGGUGACAGCAACAACCAAAUGCUCAAAGCAAUUAUGGAGAUCCGUGGCAAGUUUAGCACUAAGCUGUACAAACGCGGCGAAUUAUCUCACAUGCACUUUGAUGAGGUUGGUAAUUUUAUCAGCCAUGAAAGGGACAAAGCGCUUGGAAAGACAACGGUACGAACGCUGGCUGUUGUCAAGCCAACUCGCGAUCUGCGCACUCGCCUCCUGGCCGCCUCCGGAGGCAUGAACGAUGUGGAGUCUAGGGAUCUGAACCACUUCGUAGACCUAUUAGAGAGAUGUCUGACGCUUAACCCAGACAAGAGGAUUACUCCAGCUGAGGCUCUGAAGCACCCUUUUUUCACAACAAAGCUUGCCGGACCCUCAAGAUAGCGUCAUGUGGGUCUACCGCGAACGGUUAUUCAGAAUGGUGCGCAUUAAUAUCCUAGAUACACGGAUCAUCUCACCAGCUAUCUCAUGUGCAAUGGCAAAACUUCCCUGCAGAUCCCACUGGAACUCUUGGAAUAAUACCGAGAUGGUUUUGAGCUUUCGUGGCAGCAUUCAAUUUGAAUGCGUGGUCCGCGUUAAGGUGCUUCGAUAACAACAUAGAAGAGUGGCGCCUUUUCAACACCUCUAUAAAUAGUGUUGUAUCCACGGGGCUUGGGGUCAUUAGGGGCACUGCGUUAAUUUUACAUGGUCCGAAUGAGGCCGCUCUAUUCAAGUGGAAGGGGGUAAUAGAUACCGAACCGCCUUGAUUUAGAAUAGAGGACAAUACAAUAACCGGUUAAUUCUGAGCCGCCUAUUUCUAUAAUCAGUGCUCAUCAAUAUGUCGCGA